GUAGACUGACACUUGUGUGAAGGCGAUGCAGGAGACUAACAGGCCGCCAGGGAAGUCUCUGCAUUUCAAGGAAUACAGGCGGCUACACAUAAUGGUGGGAAACCAUUGGAUAAAACAGAUGUUGAGGAAAGAGAAUACGAGCUUCACGGAGCGGACCGCGUGCGUUUGGGGCCGUGCGGCUCAAACAUCGGCUUUCUCCUCCCGAGCCGCAGGACAUCGGUAGCCGACCUGCCCGGCUCGCUGGCCCGCGGUCCUUCCCCCGAAUCCGCGCUCAAGAAUCCCGGUUUUUCGUCUGUAAAAAAAAAAAAAAAUCACCGUACAACGUCUGUUUUAAAAAAAAAUGAUUUCACUCAAAGUAAAUAGCGUGACCCGCUAGCCGUCUGCGGCUCGCUCCCGGUUAGCAUCCUCCGGAGUCGGAUGGGCGCGCGCCGGCGGCGGCUCGCUCGCAGCAUCUUCGCCCCGGGGAGGGAGGAGGAGGAGGAGGAGAAGGAGGAGGAGGGGGAGGAGAAGGAGGAGGGGGACUCGUUCCAGCUCCGCCGGGGUAGAGGAAGUUUGCCUCCUGACAUGACGUGGGACCUUUUGCAUCUCGACCUGCCCCUCCGGGCCGUGGCGGCACCGGACGCGGACACCUUUCUGCCCUCCGACGCCCGGCUGUGAAUGACCCGCCGCGCGCUCCCGACAUGUUCGUGGCCGGCCGUGUCUGCCUCCAGCCUCCCCGGUGACACCCGCGCAGGAACCGGCGGCAGAAAGCGAACCGCGGCGAGCGAACAGCCCCCAUAUAGUCCCCGUCCUCCCCCCACUAAACAACACCAAUGGUGUCCCACAAGCUGGUAGCGGCGGUGGUCUUGUUGAACGUGUACGUGGGCGCGCAGUCCGUCUACUACUUUUUCGGCGGCGUGCUUCUGACGUUCCUGCUCGCCAUGGCGUUUCUGAACGGACCCCGGCUUCUGGACCUGACGAGUUCACCUCCGCAUCUUCAGUUUAACAAGUACGUCCUGACGGGGUACCGGCCGAUCUCCUCCGUGCACGACUGCAUCAGGAGCCUGUUCUACCUGCACAACGAACUGGGGAACAUUUACACGCACGGCAUCCCUCUGGUCUGCUUCCUGGUGCUGCUGCCGCUCAACAUCCCCUGGUCUCAGAUCAGCGUCACGUGGCUGGGCGUGGUGCACUUCCUGGCUUGCCUGUCGCCCCAGCUGGGCUCCGUGCUCUACCACCUCUUCAUGAACCACGAGGGAGGGGAGCCCGUCUACCACACCCUCCUCAAGCUGGACGUGUGUGGCAUCUGCAUGAUCAACACGUUGGGGGCGCUGCCCAUCGUCUACAGCACGCUGCUGUGCUACCCGUUCAUCCGCACCGCGGCCCUCCUCGUCUACAUCCUGCUGUCCAGCCACGCCAUAUGGUGCGCCGUCACGGCCCGGAGCAGCGUCCGCCGGCUGCGGUCCUUCGCCUGGCAGGCGCUGUUCCGCUUCUCCUUCUUCCUGCUGCGCUGGGUGGGCGUGGGCGGCGGCAGCCCCACCUCGCUGCGCCACUUCCUGACCAUGGAUGCGCUGGCCGUGCUGGGCGGGGUCAUCAACAUCACGCGCAUCCCCGAGCGCUUCCGCCCGGGCCUCUUCGACUACUGGUGCAACAGCCACCAGAUCAUGCACGUGCUGGUGGUAAUCUCCAUCCUGUACCUGCACUGGGGCGUGCUGGACGACCUGCUGUGGAUCGACAGCUACAACUGUCCCUCAGACUGAGCCCCCCCUCCCCCUCUGCAGCGUAGGGGGGGGCGCAUCUGCAGAGGGAAAUGGGAAAACUGGUGGAACGAUGUGUUGUUCACCUCGUGCGCUCAAACUCCGAAUGUUCACGCCUGCGUCUCCAUCUCGGUACUUUUGUACGACAGGUAACGCGCAAAAGCAUUUCGACCCCGCGAACAUGAACACUUCAAAAAGUCUGUGGUAAAAGGGUCUCAAGCCUUUACUCGGCAGUGGAACUCUUGCUUGAGCAUCGCCCCGUGUGGUUGGUGAGGACGGUCUGUGGCCGGCAGAUAAUCACAUGCCACGUGUGCAUGUACCUAUGCAGCGCAUCCACAUCUCAACUCACACGCCUGUGUUUUCAUGCCACGUGUUCUGUGCGAGUUGCCCCUGAGUUCUGUCCGCGCGUUCCGCUGGGUUUCUGCCACUGCCUCUUUCUUUAUGAGGCUGAUAAAUCCUUUUCAGAUGAGGAGGAAAUGAAGCCGUGUCAGUGGGGGAGGGAGGGAAGGAGGGGGUCGUUUCUGAGCUUGAUAGCAGCUUUGGGUUAACUUGCCUCUUCUGGCCUCCUCCGCACCUUAACUAUCAGUUGUCGCCUGAGCUCAGUGCCAGCGGAAUCAGGUUGUAUAACUUUUAAAAACCUUUUUAGCGCCGCCCGCGACUGAACACGCCUGAACAGGCACUUUGAGUUCCACACUGAAAUGCUGCCACGUUUUCGCUAAAGCGUGAGGCACUGAAGGUUUAGGGGGGGGGUGGCCAACCUUUAAGACUCCUUAAAUGUAAUUGUACAAACAAUUGGACCGUGUACAGACAAAAAACACACCCGCGUAAAGUCACAACGUGCACAAAACACUGUACUAAGAUAUGUCCUAUUUAUUGUGUUGUAUUUAUUUGCUGAUACAGGUAACAUUAUGUUUCUGUCUGCUGCUUAAACGGUUUACGUUGUUGCUGUGCAGGAUCACAGGCUGACGGAUCAAGUUAGAGGUCACAGAAAAUCCCAAGGAUUAGCUCCUCAUAUUCUCCCCAUUCUUUUUUUUCUCCCCCCCAGCCAUUUUUGCCAGUAAUAUGAUAGAAAGGGUCUGUCUCUAUGCCUGAUGCCUGAUAACAUGAGACAUUAGAAACCUGUUAUUUAUAUGUCCAUCUGUUCAAUGAACAUGGUUUUGUUAUAUUUGCCUGUCUAUUUGCACGUUGACUCUAGAUGUUGAUGCUUUAUAAACGUCAGUCAUUACUGCCACAGAUUAUAAUUAUUAUUAUUUAUGCUUAUUUAUUUAAAUGCAAUGCUUUUGCUCUGUGGCCGGAUUUGUGGUUUGAAAGUAGUACUUUUUUUCACCGGAGUAAAGUUUAGACACUUUGUGUUUUCUUAAAGCAGAGUUGUACUUUCCUACCAAACAGAAAUGAACCCUCGACUUUCACCAGUUUCUACGUGAAUGUACACGAUUUUAAAUACGUUGCUUCGUGCUCGGGGCGAGCGGUUGAAGUGAGACUCGUUCCUAAUGACGUUUGCCCGCCGACUAGUCGCCGAUCCCUCCAGACACACCAAAGGUUUUGCCAAAUCAGCAGCGUCUGAGGUGCAGCACACCUCAUGCUUCCUACAUGACUCACACUCCCCACCUCUCUUUUCCUCCACACUGAGUCACAUACUACCAGUCUCACUACGACGGUCGCAAUGCAACGUAUGAUUGGACCUUGAACGAGUCUGAUGCAAAUUCAUGGAAGCAGGCAUAAAGCGGAUACGGUUUUAGCUAAUCGCUUGUUCAUCUCUGUCGUUCACGGACCCCGUCAGCCACUGCUGACGUGGGAGUAGUGGUGAGGGGUGGGAGGGGGGAUUUGCUGGGGUUGCGGGUGACUGAGCGCAUCAGAACACAGAGACAUCACUAUCAAAUAAACUGCACUGCUCAUCGUUCUCAAAAGGGCUCUGGAUUCAAGUAAAUUACAACUCUGAAACGUAUUUAAAGUCCAUAUAAAUAAUGUAAAUACAUGUAGAUCAUAUACACACACAGUGCAAACCAUAUAGCCAGGUUCAUUUUUUGAUACGUACACUACAUGUUAAGGGAAUAGAAUAUAGCAUAAGGAAAAAAGGGACUAUGGUUCGCUACGUAGAAGCUGCCGAGUGAGAAGCCGAUGUUAAUAUCGAGGAUGUUUGCUCACCUGUGUCUGAGGAUAAAAAAAGAAAUACUGAAAUUGGUUUCAGUGGCAAUGUAAAGUUGUUCGACCCUCCGUGACCCUAACUAAAGAAUGCGCUUGAUCAUUUCAAUGUAACCACAUACACUUCUCACUAACGAAAGUAGGUUGAUUUUUGAAUCUUAAACAGGUGGCGGAUACCCUGUUUAUAAAGGACUAUCUGUAUUGUUAUAUACUGAUUAUUAUGAUUACCGUUCCUCUGUGGAUCUUAACCAUGACACAGGUCGAUGUGUACAGAUAUGGAGACAAGCCCUUUCCUCUGACACCAAAGGAGCUUUGUGGAGGGUCUGUCUGUUUUCACGUCUGCAACCACACGGCGCCGUCAGUGUGUCUCCAUCUAGUGGAAGCUGACGUGCAGCGAUGCGUCGCCCAAGCAUCACACGAGACGAACUCCUGACUCCGCAGUCUCUCUCCCCGGGUCGUUCAUUCAUACCCUCCCUUCCCCACAAAAAAAAAAAAAACAUUCUCAAGCGGGAACCAUCUCAUGCAUGAAAUCUGCAUGUGGUCAGAUCUGCUUUCUCCCGACGGGGGAGCGGACUGCGUCCCCCAGAGAGUGCCUCAUCAGCCAGCCAGUGCUUGCAAAAUGAAUGUGAAGACGCACACUUUGUUCCUGUGGUGCGGUUCACACAUCUGUCCUGUGUAGCAGACAGGCUCCUCGGUCUCCAGCAACGUCUGUGCAAUAAACUGAAGUCUAUAUUUCUAAA